AUGGUCAGACUGUUUUUGGACGCCGAAGCGAAAUUCCUAGUCGCUCUCGCCCUGGCCGUGGCCUGCGCUCACGCUGAUGUGGCGCACUUAAAAAGCCCCGAGGCCGAUGCUCAAGUACUGAAGUCUAUUGCCGACGUCCAACCUGACCAAUACAACUUCGCGUUUGAAACCAGCAACGGUAUCUCGGCUCAAGAAUCCGGUGUUCUAAAGAACGUAGGCAAGGACGAGCUUGCUCUGGAAGUCCAGGGUAGCAACCAAUAUACCGCCCCUGACGGCCAACCGAUCCAACUUACUUUCAUCGCUAACGAAAAUGGCUACCAACCACAGGGAGCUCAUCUGCCUACGCCACCACCACCACAAGAGAUCCCGGAAUACAUCAAACGCUCCCUGGAAUACAUUGCAGCUCACCCACCUAAGCCAGAUAACAAAUUCUAA